AUGUUCAAAAUUGUUAUAUUAAUUAAAUUACUGUCAAUUAUCUGUGUUGUAAGUUCACAAAAUUCCAAAUCUGAAAGAAUUUUUGGAGGAACUGCAGCUGAAGAUGGUCAAUUUCCAUAUAUGGUUGAUCUGUCUGUUCUUUACCGUGGCGAAUUUUAUCAUAUUUGCGGUGGCACACUUAUUCAUUCGAAUUGGAUUAUUACUGCUGGACAUUGUGCUUAUUAUGUUCAAAAAUUAAAACUAGAUCUGAACGUUACGUUAGGUGUGACUGAUAUUACAAAUGGGCCCAAUAAAUGGUCAGAACUAGUGCUGAAUGAUGACAUUAUAAUUCAUGAAAAUUACACCGAUGAUGGCUCUACGGCUGUUAAUGAUGUUGCUUUAAUCAAGGUCAGAAAAACUAUAUUUUAUAGUGCAAAUGUUCUUCCAGUUCGUCUUCCAUCUCAAUCAGAUAACAAUACAUUUGCAGGUCAGACAGGAAUUUUAAGUGGUUGGGGUUUCAACAUGAAUCGAAACAAAUCAGAACCAAAUAUUUUGCAAUUUAUUGAGGAACAAAUUUUAACAAAUGACGAAUGUUCAGCACAAAAUGUUAAUUAUCCAGAGAUUAUUGAAAGUGAAAUUUGUAUUUCAUCGAACAAUGGGAAAACAGCUUGUCCAGGUGACUCAGGAUCUCCACUAGUGGUUAGAGACGAUAAACUUGGUGAUAUAUUAGUUGGAAUCGCAAGCUAUGUUGACAUUGGAGAAGUUUGUAAAGGCGUUAAUAAUGGCCCUGUUGUUUUUAUGAGGAUUUCGUAUUUUAUGGACUGGAUUGAAGGCACAACUGGAUUGAACUUUAAAUGA